AUCCUCCCCUUUCAUUUGCUUUUCCAUUUUUAUUUUGUUUUUCUGUUCAUGUAUAUGCAUUUUUUAUUUCAUUCUGAUUUUAAGCUUCCAUUUUACGAAAUCAUGGAUGUUCUUCCGGUAAUAAUUGAAUGAUUUUUCAAUGGUGAAUCUGCUAAUUGGAUUAGGAUAUGAAGAGUUACUGAGAAAUAUUUUGAGACAACGUGAAUGGAUUGGUGUAACCACCAGCGAAAAUAUUUGAUUUUGCUCGAGAGUUUCGCAAACAAAUUUAAUCGUUUCUGAGCAACGAAGUAAUAAGCUAAUUUCAUAGCUGCAUAGAUGAAAAUCAUGAAAUGACGUUAGAGAUAUUUUGCAAUCUGUUUUUCUGUAUUUCGUUGAAAACACUAGAUAAACUCGGGGAGUCAGCUCGAGAUCUUUUGCAAUCUGUUUUUUUAUCUGAUUACUUCUAAUGUUGGGGUAGACUAGAAAUGCAAUUUUAGUUCUAAUUUCCUCAAUGUUGCCGAAAACAUUGAAAUCUGGAGCUUUCCAAUGUCAAUGUUGCGAUUCAGUAGACUUUUACAAACAUAAUCGUAAAUUGUUAAACACUUUGGUUGAUUUAUAAGUGUUCCUAUCAUCCUAUGUGACCACACCAAGUUUCUUUUCCAGAUUAUUAUUUUUUUUAAUAGAUAUCAGAUUCAAUUAGCAACCCCCUCAAAUUUCUAAGUGUACAUAAACUAUUGAUUCCACCUUGUUAUGAGAUGAAAAAGGAUUUUACGUAUAAUUGGCUGUUUUAGAGUUUGAAUGCUGUUCUCUGGAGAUCUAAUAUCCUAUAUGCACUCAUAUCGUAUUACGAUCCUCCUUUGUGUUACCUUGUCUUAGUUUCUUGGUGCAGUGAAGAGAUCCAUUUUCUAUAUUUUGAAUGUCGAGUACACUUCAAAGCAGACAAUUCACUUGUUUCUUCUGCUUAAGAUACUUGCCACCUUUCAGUUUUGGAGUAUCAAGUUACUAUGCCACCACAGUUUAAGGAAUUUCCUUUUCCUUUUCUUCGAACUUUAUAUAAAAAUUUCUAUGAACAGUCAUGAAAUAGACCGAUAAAGUAGAAAGCUAUACAUGUGUAGUUAUGAUGUGUGCUUGUGUUCUCUCAGGGCUGAAACUAAAAAGGGGGGAAUGGUCUGCUAUGGCGAAAAACUCUGAGAAGUUCUCAGUAGAUUUCGUCCUAGGAGGGACUGCAGCUAUAACAGCAAAAUCUGCUGCUGCGCCGAUUGAGAGAGUGAAGCUUUUGCUGCAGAACCAAGGAGAGUUAGUGAAGAGAGGACACCUUCAAAGACCUUAUGGGGGUGUUGGUAAUUGCUUCAAGAGGGUCUACAGGGAGGAAGGUGUCUUGUCCUUCUGGAGGGGUAAUCAGGCUAACGUUAUAAGAUAUUUCCCCACACAGGCCUUCAACUUUGCAUUUAAAGGCUACUUCAAAGGCCUAUUUGGAUGCUCAAAAGAGAAAGAUGGAUACUUAAAGUGGUUUGCUGGAAAUGUUGCUUCGGGGAGUGCUGCAGGAGCUACCACUUCUUUGUUUCUUUAUCACCUAGAUUAUGCAAGGACUCGAUUGGCCACAGAUGCUAGGGAGUGCCAUAUCAAUGGAAAACACCAAUUUAAUGGGCUAUUGGAUGUUUAUCGUAAAACCUUGUCAAGUGAUGGAAUGGCAGGUCUCUAUCGAGGAUUUGGGGUUUCGAUAUUGGGAAUUACUCUUUAUCGUGGAAUGUAUUUUGGGAUCUAUGACACCAUGAAACCUAUAGUUUUGGUUGGACCUUUUCAGGACAAUUUUGUUGCUAGCUUCUUCUUGGGCUGGAGUGUCACCACUGUUUCUGGGGCAUGUGCAUACCCAUUUGACACUCUACGACGGAGAAUGAUGCUCACGUCUGGACAAUCAAUGAAGUACCACAGCGCCAAGCAAGCGUUUGUUGAAAUUGUUCGGGUUGAAGGUUUUUCAGCACUGUAUAGAGGAGUCACAGCGAACAUGCUACUAGGUGUUGCUGGGGCUGGAGUACUUGCUGGAUAUGAUAAGCUGUACAGAAUUGUAAAUAGACCUAAUUAUAGCCUCAGCUCUCAGAAAGCCUUCAAAUGAACCCCAUAUGAGGACUCUUAUAGUAAUUAAUUCUCACCAGUGUUACUCAACUUGGAGGCCGUUGUUGCAAAUAUGUUGGUAGUUACAAAAGUUGAGCAAAAUACGUUGGAUGCAGCUCUCAGCCAUUGGAUUUCUGAUUGGAAGCAGGAUUUAUCUCCUUGGCUGCUCCCUAUUACAUUAACUUGGUUCAUUAUUGCUGAAGUAUAGAUGAAUAUAUAGCUUGUAGCGAUUCCCUGGGCAAUCUUUGUUUUCAAUGUACAGUCUUAUGAUGCAAAAGAAUAUUGAUUUAUCCGGCCAUUCUUUGUUUAUCGUCA